AGACUCGAGAGGCGACAAAUGACGGCUGCUCACGUUAGCUGCCGUUAGCCACUCGUCGAUGUACAUUGUAGUGUACGGUGGGUAAAUUUUAGUCUGAUAUGACAUUAUAGUAAAAUUCAUCUUCGUCACAUCCCGGUUUAUGGAUUGCCAGCAGUUGACGCGUCUUUGAAAAGACUUCCAGGUAACGUUACGAAAAUGCCAUUGCACGGAAAGAUAGUGGUGAUUAAGAGGAGUGGAGGAGAUGGGACUGAGUUUCCUCUGACUGCAACAUGCUUAUUUGGAAGGAAGCCAGACUGUGAUAUUCGCAUUCAGCUUCCUCAAGUCUCUAAGGAGCAUUGCAGGAUUGAUUUGAAUGAAAAUAAAGAGGUCGUUUUGACAAAUUUGAGCUCAGUGAAUCCAACUUGUGUCAAUGGAGAGGCUUUGCAACAAUCUGAGCGUCUGAAGCAUGGAGAUGUGAUAACUAUUAUUGACCGUUCUUUCAGGUUUGAGUACCCUCCAGCACCCACACCAAAGAAGAGGUCUUCCACAGGAGGCAAAACUGAAACCCUCAAGGUUCUUAAAGAUCAGCAGGUGGGAGACACUGUCACCACUGAAACAGGAGGGAAGAAGAUCUCUGAAGUGUCCACAGGCCCUCAUCUAAAAGAUGGUACUAACAAUGACAACAUCCAGCGAUCUCUGGAGAAAACUAUGGAGGUGGAUCCCCAGGAGGAUCCCAGCCUGCUGCAAAACAAGACUGCCUCCCCCUUCAACGAUCUGUAUCAAAUGAUCAAAAAAUCUCUGGAUGUCAAGACCCCGCGCAAAUCUUCUGUCAGUCUGCUUCAAACGCCUAGCUCGAAGCUUUGCACUCCGAAACCUGUUUCAGUCAGAAAAAGUGGUGGAAAGCCUGUAAUUUCCUCAGAAGACAAAAGCACUCCGAAGAAGAAUGAAGCUAAAGUCUCCUCUGGAGCUGAUGAAACAAAGGAGGAAGCAGAAAAAAUGGGUAAUGGGACCCCAAAGUCAGCUAAGAAGCAGAGGAAGUCCUUUGAGGUUCCUUCUACUGUGAUGGCUGGACCCGAAGCUGGAAAUGGUGCCAAGUCGGAGGCAGUGUCACCCCAGAAGAGAAACCGUUCACCUCCUCAAAGGUUUACUGUGGGUGAGGUUAUUGAGCAAGUUUCCACUCAAACACCCAAGUCACCUGUGAGAAGGAGAAGCAAGGAGGCCACACCAGCUAAACCAGCAGUGUCCAAGGAACAAGAAAGGCAAGCAGUGACUUCUCCCAAAACAAAGGCAUCACCAAAGAACUCAGGAAAGCUUCAUACAGUAAAAGAGGCGUCCAAUAAACGCAAAAGUGGAGAACUUGCAGCUGACUUGCCCACACCACAAAUGAAGAGGAAACGGGUUUCCUUUGGCGGGCAGCUGAGUCCGGAGUUAUUUGACAAACGACUGCCUCCCGACUCUCCGUUACGCAAGGGGGCCACUCCUAGGAGAAGCUUGUCCCUGUAUCGACCCAAAAACUCACUGCUUAGACGAGCAUCAGUCAUUGGCUUGCUCCAGGAGCAUCCAUCACCUAAGAAAUCACCAGGUGCACAGGCUUCACCUAAGACUCCAUCACCUGCAAAGAAGUCGCCAAAAUCCAAGUCUCCUUCUCCCAAGGCAGAAACCCCUGCAAAGAAGUCGCCAAAAUCCAAGUCUCCUUCUCCCAAGGCAGAAACCCCUGCAAAGAAGUCGCCAAAAUCCAAGUCUCCUUCUCCCAAGGCACAGACCCCUGCAAAGAAGUCCCCAAAAUCCAAGUCUCCUUCUCCCAAGGCAGAGACCCCUGCAAAGAAGUCCCCAAAAUCCAAGUCUCCUUCACCCAAGGCUGCAUCUGCAAACAAAAUGGAAACUCCUAAGGCCACCAAACAGACCCCCACUGUACAAGGGCGAUUCUCUGUGUCACGCAUCAGCACACCAUCUCCAGUUGCUGAAGAUGCUGUUACUGACCAGGUGCCUUUGACCACUGUAACUCCUAGAAUACCCCUGAAGAGGAAAAGCAUGAAGAGCACCUCACGGAAGAGCAUUGCAAAGAGUGCUGUAAAAGUGCUGCGCAGAAGUGGCAUUUCAAGGGCAUCUAUCAAAGCCAUGAAUUCCUACGCAGACAUGGUGAAAUUUGGGCAAACUAAGGUUCAACUGGCUGUUCCAGCUAAAAUGGCAGUCCCCAAAAAGACAAUGAAGAAGACUGUGUCCAAACUCCAGACCCCUGCAAGAAAACUCAUAGGCCACGUCAGCACUGGACACGCAAAUUCACCUGUUACCAUUGUUGUGGGUAGAGCUCACAAACAAAAGGUUGUGCAACCAACCGGUGCUGCACCAAGACUGGUCACCAACAUUGUACUCCUUAAAAAGAACAUGAAAAUGGAUGAGGACCUGACUGGAAUUUCUGAAAUGUAUAAAACUCCUGUAAAUGUAAGGAAGAGGCGAUCUGUGAUCAGUGGGAACAGUGCCAUGAAGACACCAGCAGGAGCUCUGGGCACAUCUGUUGUGGAACCAUCAGUGUUGAACACACCAGAGGAGCCAGAUGAAAUGAUGGUGUCACCAAUGAGCACAGUAAAAGACGGAAUGUACAACAGUGAGGCUGUCAGACGCCUCCUUGAUGUGGAUCAAGAAUGUAGCUUGGUCUGUGAUGUCCCUGCUGAAGAGACUCACUCUGAUGGUCCCAGAGAACAGGAGUGCACAGAUGUGAAAAGGACCUCUGUAACAACUCCCAAACAGAAGCCAGAAUUACCAGAGGGUCUUACUGGAGUGAAAAGGAUCAUGAAGACCCCAAGACAGAAGGCUGAACCAGUUGAAGACUUGAGAGGAAGACUUCUGAAAACUCCCAAACAGAAGCCUGAACAGCAGGAGUGUCUCACUGGUGUUAAGAGGCUCAUGAAGACCCCAAGGCAGAAAGCUGAGCCAGUUGAGGACUUGAGAGGAAACGUUUUGAAAACACCGAAGCAGAAACCUAAGGUACAAGAGUGCCUUACUGGUGUGAAGCAAAUUUUCGAGACACCACAAUGGGAGACUGAGCCUCUUAAGGACGUUCAAGGAAAACUUCUGAAAACUUCCAAAGCUCCAGAGGCUGUUGAAGUUGUUGACGCACCAGUACUUAAGGAAGAAUCUGAGGACCCAUCUGAAAUGACUGACAUGAUGACUCCUUGCAUGCAGAGUGCCCCACUGGAGACAAAGGAGGUUGAAGAUCAAAAUCCUCUGGAUUGUGGUCUAGAUGUUGCAAAAGAGCUAGACUUUGCCCGCGAGGAGCCACAAGAUGAUGUGCCAUCAGAUGUGACUGAUAAUAUUCCCCAAGUUGAAAUGGAAAAAGAAGCAGAUACAAAUGAAGUAGUUGAUGACCACACAGAGGAAGUGCCAAGUAAACACAAUCAUGAUGAAGCAUCAGAGGCCACAAAAACCAUCUCUCAAGCCACUGUAGAUGAAAAUGUACCUGUGGAAGAACCUGAAAUGGGUACAGUAGAUGAGGCUGCACCUGAAGAACUUACAGUAGUUGCAGUACAUGAAGCUGUACCUAAAGAACCUGCAGUAGAUGCAGUAGAUGAGGCUGCACCUGAAGAACCUUCAGUAGAUGAGGCUGCACCUGAAGAACCUUCAGUAGAUGAGGCUGCACCUGAAGAACCUACAGUAGAUGAAGCUGUACCCGAAGAACCUUCAUUAGUUGCAGUAGAUGAAGCUGUACCUGAAGAACCUUCAGUAGAUGAGGCUGCACCUGAAGAACCUACAGUAGGUGAAGCUGUACCUGAAGAACCUUCAGUAGAUGAGGCUGCACCUGAAGAACCUACAGUAGGUGAAGCUGUACCUGAAGAACCUUCAGUAGUUGCAGUAGAUGCGGUUGUAUCUGAAGAACAGCCUAAAUUGGAGAAGAAAUCUGUUCGAGGCAGAAGGGUAAAAACAGCUGAAUCAAAGAUGGAGGAUAAACAGGAGGCAGCAGAACAUUCUGAAGAUCCUGUCAUCUCUGCUCCAGUCAGAGGAAGAAGAGGCAACAAAACUGAAGCUACAGCUCCACCCACUGUUAGACAAACAACAAGAGGCCGAAAUGCAAAGACCACUGAGAGCAGGGAAGUUGAGCCUGCAGUGGAGGAAAGUCUGCCUUCUAAAAUUGCAACUAAACCUAAACGAGGAAGAAAUGCCAAAAAAGCUUCUGAUGAUCAAGCUGAAAUUGUCGAGGAGAUUGCCACUGAAAGUGAGGCACCUUCAGCUGAAUGUUUACCUGAAGGGGAGACAGCAACCUGCAAAGAACCAGAAACUGAUGCAACUAUAGUUCAGAAAAAAUCUGUUCGCGGCAGAAGGGUGAAAGUGGUGGAAUCUAAACCAGCUGAGGAUAGACAGGAGGUGCCAGAACACCCUGAAGAUCCUGUCAUCUCUGCUCCAGUCAGAGGAAGAAGAGGGAAGAAAACAGAAGUUGCAGCACCACCCACUGUUAGACACACGACAAGAGGCAGAAAUGCAAAGUCUCAAGAAUGCACUUCCAAUGUCCAAUCUGAAAUGGAACCAGAGAAAGCUGUGGAAACGCCAGUGACUGAUAUUUCUACUGAAGCUGAGAUUGACCAGACUUCAACAGAAAAUACACAUCAAGAAGAAAUUGCACCUCCUGCAGAAGAAGUUGUUGUGAAGCCUGUGAGAGGAAGAAAAGCUAAACAAACACCUGUUGAGCCCCUUCAACCAGAACCAGAGAAACUUGUGAGUGAAGAACUUCUCACAACAGAUGCUGAACCUCAAAAGUCCAUUCCUGCUGUUGGAAAACCCAGAAGAGGUAGAAAGACAAAGGCUGAUACUGUUGAACAAAAUGAGGUGAAAGAAGACAGUGUCACCGUGGAGGCCAAGCAAGAGUCUCAGCCUCCAGUCAGGGCUAAGAGGGGAAGAAAUGCCAGACCAGAAGAGGAGAAGCUGAAGAACAGUAAGACUAAUUUGGUUGAGAUUACUAAAUCCCAGGAGCCAGUUAAAAAGGGAAGGAGAACCAGGAGGGCAGAACAAGACCACGAAGAGCCAAGUGAAGAAGUACAAACUACCGAAAAGGAUGCUCCAGAGAAGGCGGAAGCUCCAGUUGUUGCUGAGCCUGAGAAGCUGAUGGAACAGGCUGCUGUGGCUGCAAAACCUAGACGAGGAGGACGUAAAGCAAAACAAGACACUGAGAACGAAACUCCUGUCGAAUCUGCUGAGGUCCAAGAGGUCCCUACUGCCAGCACUACAGAUAAACCCAAACGGGGAAGGAGAGGAAAACAAGUUGCUGAAGAGGUUGAUGUCACCCCUGUGGUACCAGAGGAAAAACCUGACCUUGAGCUAGAGACUGAAGAACAGAGUAAUGUGGAGCCAGAGGCUCCAGUUGUUAAAGCCAGUAGGGCAAGGGGGGCGAAAAAAGAGGUUUCACAGGUCAUUCCAGCUAAGAGAGCCCGUCGAGGCGCAGCUCCUCACUCUGAGGAAAACAAUACAGAAUCCACAACCCUAUUUUCAGAGUCUGCGCCAGCCUCCAUAGAGCCAACCAAAAGGGGAAGACGUACAGCAGCAAAGCCCACAGCAGAUGAUGCAACAGUGACCAGUGAGCAGGCAGAACCCAUUGAAAACUCAAGCAGUGCUGUUGAGGAAGACACAAAAAAGUCCAAAAGAUCUGUCAAGUGGAAAACUGGCAUUGAAGUCUUUGAGAUUCCAAAUCCCACACCCGUGAAGGCAGUUCGAGGUAGGAAGUCUAAACUUGGAGACCACAUAGACACUGAAAGCCAAAAUGUGUCGAAAGAUGCCAGCAAAACUGAAGAGAAGGAUCUCUCAGAAACGGUUGUCGAAGCUCGGCCUGUCAAGAGAGCCAGACGAGGGGCAAAGAUUGCUGUUACUGCUGACAAAGAGGAGUCCACAAGUGAGGUACCAAGUGUUGAGGCUGAGACACAGCCAAAAACUAGAAGAGGAAGAUCAGCAAAGAAAUAGAAACAUUGGUGUAAAUAAUCUUAAUCGCAAUGACUUGUUUUCUUAAAACCUUUUUGUACGUGGCAUUUUUUAUUUUUAUGGCAUUUUAAAAAGUAGUUUUAUAGACUGAAAAUUAUGCACUGCUUUUUUUUUUUUCUUCUUUAUGUUUGAUGCAGCAGGGAGUCUUGUUUGUGACAAGUUGUAUGUUAUUCAUUACUUUGCAAACAUUUUAUGGUGAAAAAAGUGGUUAUUAAAUUUUCUUUGGUCCUCAAA